AUUGGUCAAUGAACUGUCAUUAAAAAAGUAGUGUCGCUUUUUCCUUAGUGGCUGAGUUCGUUCUCCGGCUGCACAGAUUGCCACGUUGCCGCAAACAGACACCGGACUACGCCACCGGAGGAUAUUGUCCGGUCACUCCAGGCUGUUUAUCACACCGGUGUUUUAGGAUUCUGCCGGGUGGAGCGCGCACUCUCUAUUGGAAUACAAUUGUCAGGGGAAAAUGCUGACUGAUAUGAUAGUGGAGGAAGAGUUUGAGCUCAAGGAUGAGGAGCCAUGGUAUGGCAAACAGGACCUUGAGCACGAUCUCCAUUUGGCGGCUCAGCUGGGUAAGACCCUACUGGACCGGAACCAUGAGUUGGAGCAGGGGCUGCAGCAGAUGUACUCCACCAACCAGGAGCAGCUGCAGGAGGUUGAGUACCUGACCAAGCAGGUGGAUCUGCUGAGGCAGAUGAAUGACCAGCAUGCUAAGGUAUACGAGCAGCUAGAUGUGGCGGCCAGAGACCUGGAGCAGGGCAACCACAGGCUGAUUCUGGACAACCGCGUCGCCCAGCAGAGGAUCAACUGCCUGACAGAGAAGAUCGACAGUCUUGAGACCCACAUGGAGGACCUGCAGACCCAGGUGGAUGAGCUGAGUGCAGCCCAGUCUGACCGCAGCAGGAGAGAACUGGCCGAGCAGAGACGCAACCUCGGAGCACAGAGUGUGUCCUGCCUCAAGGAGCUGUAUGACCUGCAGAAAGACAAGUACAUGGCCUAUGAGAGCCUGCGUGUGGAGCGUUCCUGGCCAGCAAGGGAGCAGUCCUGUCAGGACCCAAACCCAGAGGAGGAGAACUCUGCGCUCCAGCGCUCCAUCCAGACCCUGCAGGCUGUUCUGGCCUCUGAGCGGGGGAAGCGGGAGGCAGCGGAACAGGAGACUGAGCUGACGGCCAGGGAGAACGGGGUUCUGGAGCAGCGGCUGGCCCUGCUGGAGGGCUGCCGGGCCAGGCAAAGGGAGCUGGAGGCAGAGGUGGAGGAGCUCCGGCAGCUGUGGCAGGCCGACUACGCCAACAGUGUCAGGAGACCUGACCGGCUACUGCUGCCCGACACAGUCUUCUUCGCCCCAGAGGAGAAGCCCAGUCUGGUCCAAAGUGAGGAGGAGGAGAAGGAGGUGGGUGAGCAGGGAAGGCGCAGCCUGCAGAGGUGUAACAGCGAAAGUGUUCUGAGGGGGACACUAGCAGACGACAUCCAGCGGGGGCACGAGCGUACAUGUAUCAGACGAGCGGAGGCGGUGAAGCAGAGAGGAAUCUCCCUGCUCAAUGAGGUGGAUGCCCAGUAUAGUGCACUGCAGGUCAAAUACGAGGAGCUUCUGCGGCGCUGCCAGCUGGGGGCAGAUGGGCUCAGUCACAAGGCUGUGCAGACACCCCACAGUUCCCACGGCACUGUCAGUUACCCCCGACGGCGCCUCUCAAGCUCGGCCAUCUCCAUCGGGCUCCCAGCUGUCCCCGAAGACAACGGGCCGCAGCCCGAGUACAAGGCCCUCUUCCAGGAGAUCUUCACCUGCAUCCAGAAGACCAAAGAGGACCUAAGUGAGAACAAGUGGCCGAGUCAGGGUCAUUGACUCUGUGGACAGUGAUGGCAGUAUUGGUUCUUUCUGCACCUUUGAAUGGGGUUUGCACUCCUUUUUUUGUUUUGUCAUGAUAUUGAGUUUGACAAAAGACUGCUCAAGAGGAUAUUGCUAUAGGAGAGGGCCUAACAUAGCAGAAAUCCCAAAGGGUGCUGUCUGUGUGUGUGUGUGUGUGCGCGCACUGUAACACCUGUACCUUUUACACAACAUGUACCCUGUUGUCUCCUUCAAUCCUGUCAACACUAUCACCUUGAGACGCUCCAAUGGUUUCAUCAAUAAGCACUUUUUUUUUUUUUUAUCUACCGUACAUCCCUUUGACUAUUUUCCAUCCUUAUCUAAAAGUUUGUGUUUGGCGCAAACAUUUCCAGUUCAGAUGUUGAUAAAUGGGUUGUUAUAUGGAUCGUUUGAGUCCUGAUGCUAUCACCUUAACAUCCGACUGCUCUUAUGCCACAUUUAGCUUAAUUAGAUGGCACCCCCUCUUCGCUUGAAGUCAAUGGGUGCAAUAAUAUUAACAACCAGGGUUUUUCUAUUAUUUUGUUUUCUACUAAAUUCAAGCAAUGAUAGCAAUUAGAAUGGUAUGUGUAUGUACCAUAGAUUUGGUCUUGCAGCUUAAUGAGUAGGCCUAUGCUGCAAUAGGUAGAUGGGCUCAGAAAGUGUUUGUUUGUAUGCUGAUACCACGUACAGAACCACCAUUGUACAGAUCUUGAACUUGCUUAGACUAUCUAGCAGUCUGUGUUCAAUCCGAUCCGUUUAGUGUUAAGUCUGUCGCAAUUAUUUUAUUUUAUUUUAUUUUUGGGGGGGUGGGGGGAGCCAUACAUUUUGCGCAUACUGUACAUAUUGCCAGAUUAUAGAUUUAACUACAUUUGUGUACCUUAUCAUGCCAACGAAAAAGUACUGGACUAGAUGGAGUACUUUAUAGACUCAAUAAGUAGUUUAUAGAUACACUAUAUAUCAAAAGUAUGUGGAUACCCCUUCAAAUUAGUGGAUUUGGCUAUUUCAGCC